CUUCUUACAUCAGCUUUGCCUUCUUCUCCUCUCCUUUAGAAGCUCCAUUAACUUUCCGACGUGGCUCGCCGUCUCUGACCUAUUUGCCACGAAAUGCCAGAGAACCAUGGAAUUUCAGUCCAAACGGGCCCCACACCACCCCUCUUCUUCGCCUUCACGCCACCUUCCUUUCUUUCUCUCUCUCUUUUAUAACCUCUCCUUCUCAGUGUCUUCUUCACUGCCACUUCCAUUUCCUUCCCAACUCCGGCGAUGCCCCAAACCCAAUCCCAAACACAAACCCAGAUCAGAGUCAGACACCAUGAAUUCCAACAUCUUACUUUGUUCCGCAAAACGUGGGAUUGUUUCCCUCCACCUCAUCAACUUCCUAAUUCUCUCUCCGCUGAAAUGUGCGGCGCAACCCGGUUCCAGUCCCCCCAACAACAACGAUCCUUACGCAUUUGAUCGAUUCAGUCCCUCCAUGGCGGUGACGGUGAUGAUCGUGGUCUUGUUUUCGGCUCUGUUUUUCAUGGGGCUUUUCUCUAUAUAUAUCCGCAACUAUGCCACUGCGGGGAACAGUGGGAGUGUGAGCCCGGUAAUUGAAAGGGGGACCGGACGGUCGAGACGGGGGCCGCGUGGGCUAGAGGAGUCGGUGAUUGAGACUUUUCCCACCAUGGUUUACUCUGAGGUUAAACACCACAAGAUCGGAAAAGGCGCGCUGGAGUGCGCCGUGUGCUUGAGCGAGUUCGAGGACCACGAAACGCUGCGUUUGAUUCCCAAAUGCGAUCACGUCUUCCACCCCGACUGUAUCGAUGAGUGGCUGGCGUCGCACACCACCUGCCCCGUCUGUCGAGCAAACCUCGUGCCGCAGCCCGGUGACCCUGUGCUGCAACCCGUUGAUGUUUCUAGCGCCGAGUUAGAUCCCGAGGCCCAAGACAACGCCGUGGAUCGGGAACAGGAGGAUGAGCAGACAUUAAAUGAAAAUACGGUGGUGGAGGCGGCGCCGCCGUCAGCGGCGGAAGUAAUUGAUGUCAACAAAACUCUGAGUAGGAACCGGACAAGUGGCUCGAGAUCCAACCACAGACGCAAAUUCCUUCGUUCUCACUCCACCGGCCACUCUUUAGUCCAACCGGGUGAGAACACCGAGCGAUUCACUUUGCGGCUGCCGGUUGAGAUCAGGAAGCAGGUGAUGAACCGGCAGCUGAACCGGGCCACAAGCAUGAUGAUAUUACCGAGGGAAGGAAGCUCGCGGAGGGGUUACCGUACCGGCGGCGAAGGGAGCAGCAGAGGAAAGUAUAUUAGACGGUUCGAGAAACUGUCAGACCGGUGGAUGUUUAGCAUGACGCCACCCUUCUUCAGUAGAGCCUCUUCCAUUAAGUCACCGAAGGUGGCAGCGAAUUCUGGCGAAGGGACAUCCGCUCCGCCUGCCGGCGCUGACUCAGUUCGGCCGCCUGUUUGACUGCUUAAUUCCUGUUUCAUAGGAAUUUUCCCACAUUUUUAGUAUAGAUAUAUUUUUUAUUAAUCUUUUCCUUAAUGCUGGGAUUUUGUGUCCAUAAUAUGUAAAAUGUAUAUUAAUUUUCUUUUCCAUAAUAUAUAUUUUUUAUUAGUAAUAAAGUUUAAAGUGUUAC